AUGUACUCGGAAGAGUCUGACAGUCGUUUUGGUACACCAAUGGCCCAGCCUGAGGCGUCCACUCGGAUCCUUUUCAAUUACAAUGAUACCGUGACGUUUCCGGAGCCUUCCAGCCAGCCAAAUCUGACUGCCGCUGACCAGAGUCAGCAUGAUCAAAGUUAUACCUCCAGUUUUCGUGCUGACAGCCAGCCGUCAUCAUCCUCUUACACUUAUCCCCCUUCUGCAAAUCAGAACUUCGUCGCUAUUAGUGUGCAACCUGCGGCAGAAGCUCAUUACCCCUCCAUCGCUGCGGCCAGGCGUAGUGAAAGAUCACUAGCGCUAUAUUCCCGUGACUCGGACCCGUCUCGUUUUUCAAACUUCCUCCAUCUCUACGCUGAAGCUCAAAGCGGCCCAUCCCAAAACAUCAACUUACCUUAUAUCGACUCUGCGACCUCAUACGAUCCAUCCUUCGUUUCAUACUUCAAUAAUUUGGACAAUAAUCUGCCUCAGGCUAUCGUGUCCACUGAUGGCAUGUCUACUUUUCCUAUCGACGCAGAAGAGAUACCUUCUCUACCAGUGGGAGAGCCAGUACCUUUUGAGGAGCGGUCGUUUCGUCCCAAUGAGAUACUACGUUUACAGCCUCUCGAACCUCCGUUACCUGUACUAGGAGAACCAUCCCCUCUUCCGACACGCCAGAAGUCCGCCGGUAGGUCACGAACUCGUGCCUCGAAGUCAUCAGAUAUGCAGUUCCAUCCAUACGCCGGUGUAUCUCAGGCGAAGCUGAGGGGGUUUUCCGCAGUCACCGAGGAUACCGUGACUCUAGAUACGCAGGCUGUGCCAUCACAGGCCACGUUGCUGCCCGUUGGACCCUCGAUAUAUGACGAAUGUAGUAAAACUCAUCAAAGAAUAUUCAAAAAUGCGCAAGAAAGUCUCAUCAGGGACGCCGUGAAUAUCACACCCUUUUUGUCCGAACACGAAAAGAAGCAAGCCGCUCAGCAGGCGUUAAUAAAUGCUGCGUCUCACUAUGAAUCUGGGAAGAAAUGGGCGGAAAAUAACACCCAGAUCUUCUACAGAUCAUUGAGCCCAAUGCCAUCCGCUCAGAUCAUGGCGACCGCUAAGAAGGUCGCGCGUGAAGUCGUCCAACGGGGGUGUGGACUACGUCCCCCUGUUCGGCUACGCAUCUCCGAACGCAUGCACCAAACGCAGACGGCGAAAAACCUCCUCGCUUCGUUCCCCCCGCAGUUCAUCUUCUGGAAGGACGAAGAUGGCAGGUCGUGGGCAUUCGAAAACGAUGUCAUUUUAGAUGUCGUUCUGAAUACCGUCGUAGAACUGGGUUACCUCCCAUACAUAACAGAUCCUACCCUCAAGACCUUGUUUUUCACAGCGUCCACAGCUGUCAAGUGCACCUUGCAGGAACAUUCGACAAGGGAGGAAAUCAAAUUCAGCGUUUCAGAUUUCAGAUCCUCGUACAACUCAUUCAGCGAUUAUUUCGAUAAGGAGAUUCUCCCUAACCCAGAGCUGUUCGGUCGCUGGAAAGAGUUCAACGACACCGUGACUCCCUCAGAGGCCUCAAUAUGGCCGCCUAUUGGACGGCAGGGCACAAAUAUGCGCUUUCUGACUGGGCACCUGAUUUGUGACCUUGCCAGCGGUGGUGCACGGAGCAUGAUUGCCUCUACGACGUGGUCCCACACCGAGAUGUGUAAGACUCAUCUCAAGUCUGAUAGGCAGGAUAUUGACCCAGAUGACACAGCAGCACACUUCAAUGGCACCGUAUCAUCCCCAGACAUGCUCAUGACAUUCGUGCGACACUGUCUCAGGAACAAGACGUUGAAUGGUGGUCGAGCUGAGCUAAAUGAGUACAUUCUUCUGCACGAGUUCCACCGCCUGAAGUACAUCUGUCCUGACACGACGUACGGCAAGAAAGCGCCCAAAGCAGAGCCCGAAGCAGAUGAUGCGGACGGUGAGGGUGGCGGUGGCGGCAAGUCAAGUCAAGCAAAGGCAAACGGGACAAGUUCAAGGGCGUACAUCCUCGUCAUGGACUUCAACUCGCUGUAUCCGAGUAUCAUCCAGGAGUAUAACAUUGACUUCACUACUGUGGAGCGCUCGCAGGAGGAUGAUGACGAUGACAAGAUACCAGACCCCCCACCACCUGAGGUGCCUCAGGGUGCCCUUCCACGACUUAUUGCAACCCUCGUCAACCGGCGGCGUCAGGUGAAGUCACUAAUGAAGGAUCGUUCUAUAUCGCACGCAAAGCUAUUGCAGUACGACAUCAAGCAACACGCGCUCAAACUGACGGCGAACAGCAUGUACGGCUGUCUUGGUUUCGAGUACUCGCGAUUCUACGCCAAGCCUCUGGCUGCCCUAACCACUUUCAAGGGCCGUGAAAUCUUGACGCACACCAGGGAGCUUGCCGAGAGCUUACAGCUAGACGUUGUGUACGGCGACACCGACUCGGUGUUCGUGAAUUUCAACGUGAUAGAGCUUUCCGAGGCGAUAAAAAUCUCCGCCGAGUUCAAGAAAGCUGUUAACGACCGGUAUAAGCUUCUUGAGAUAGACCUCGACGCCGUCUUUGCGCGUCUCUUGCUUUUGCAGAAAAAGAAAUAUGCAGCCUUGAAGGUGGAAGAGGGAUCACGGACGUCCACUGAAGUUAAAGGUCUGGAUAUGAAGCGCCGAGAAUACUGCGCUCUAUCGAAGAGCGUCUCUCAAUACGUCUUGGAGCAGAUCUUGUCUGGUGAACCAACGGAGGUUGUGGUGGAGAACAUUCAUGAACAUCUUAAUACCAUUGGCGAAAACGUUCGUGGCAGAAAGAUUAAAUUAGAGGACUUCAUUGUAUACAAGGGUGGAGGUGCCCGCAACGGCGACGUUAUACCCUACGUGUUCUGCGUCGCGCCUGGUGAAGAAACUGUGAAGACCGCACAAGCAGAUCGUGCCAAGCAUCCAGACGAGAUCAAGAAGGCUGCAGGGGAGCUCGUCGUGGACUACGAACACUACCUUGCGAAUCAGCCUAUUGAAGGAACAGACAGGGCCCGGCUGGCUGAGUGUCUUGGACUGGACCCGGGACGUUAUCGUAUUAGUGGAAGCACGCAGGCCGGAUCAGAGCUCACAACACUAGACUCCCUCGUCUCUGACGCAGAGCGGUUCCGCGACGUGGCUCCGUUCCUGGUGCGCUGUCGUGGAUGCGCAGGACAGAUGGCGUUUACCCCGGUGUACGAUCGAGAUGCGUCGAUUAUGUUGUCAUCGGGGCUGACGUGCCCUGCGUGCAGCGCACCAUUGGGUUCGGCGAGCCUGCAGACACAACUUGAGGUCCAGAUUCGGUCAUUCGUCGCUAAGUACUACGAGGGAUGGGUUGUCUGCGAGGACCCAGCUUGCGGGUACGAGACGCGGUCGAUGCGGAUGUACGGCUGGCGGUGCGGAGCGCCGGGAGGCUGUAAAGGUAGAGCGCAGUUCAAGUAUUGGGACACCGAGUUGUACACCCAGCUCCGGUAUUGUUCGACGCUAUUUGACGUUGAGAAAAUCAUCAAGGCUGCACAAGGCAGCGCGAGAAAGGAGGAAAUUGAGGCUGUUGCAGCAAAUAACGACCCAUUCCUCAGGGUGAUGUCGAAGACGGUGGACAAAUAUAUGGAACAAUGUGGACGAUGCUGGGUGAAUCUUGGAGCAUUAUUUUCUAGCAUGAACCUCUAAGUUCAGAAUGGUUGUUAGCCCGCAAAGCGGUCGACGUUACUUGUAUAUACCAGGUCCUGUUGCAUGGAUUUGUUACCGGAGAUCCCCAAUAGUACUGUAAAGUAUGGAAAGCUACAAUGCAAAAUCACUAGUAAA